UCCUGGAAGCCUGGGUAGGUUAGGGAUCUCAAAGGUUAAGGGGACAUCUCUCAUCACCCCCGUGGUCUAUAUAGCUACAGGGUGGGCUCCUCCUAGACCUGGAUCAAUUGUGACCCCUGUAUGGCAGCUGCUUGGGGAACCUUUAUGGGAGCCCCGUGUCCUAAUGAGGAAGGCCCAUAGCAGCCUCCCUGGCCCCGCCCUGCUCAGACCUGUUCUCUUUUCACCACCUCCAUUCCCCAAGGCCACCCAGCACCAGCCACAGCCUGCUUGCCUUCCUACCUGUCACUCUCGACAAUCAAGGCUCUCAGCAGAGGUCUGGGGCAGCACGGGCCAUGGAAGCCUCCACAGGGGCCGUGCUUUACCAAAAGCUGCAACUCUGGGAGCCUGGCAUGGAGUCAGGGGGGGAAGAAGAGGAAGAAACAGCAGAACCUCUGGUUCUCUCCCUAAGAAGACUCCAAAAUAACCCCCGAAACCAGGUUGGUGGGCUGCCCGGAGCCUGGGCCCGCCUGCUGGCAGGCCUGCUGCUGCUGGCUGUUAGUGGCUCCCUGGCUCUGAGGCAGCUGCACAGGAAGGAUAGCCCAAAAGGAAACUUGGGCCCUGCAGCCCCUCCAGCCAGCAGACACUCUCAUCGCCCUGGUGUGUUCCACCACAGUGCCAUUAUCAGCCCCGCAGGUGCCAUGUUCUGGGGUCUCUUCUACAAUAGUUCCUCAGGAAACUCAACUGCCCUGACAGCAGGUCCAGCCCAAAUCCUGGCCCCUGGCCUGGGGCUGCCCACAGCUCUGUCUGCCCUGCACUUGCUUCACACACACUUCGGCCGCCUGCCUUGGCCACACUUGCUGGCCAAGCCUGCCAUGCUGGCUCUAAAGGGCUUUGAGGUAGAUGCGUCCCUGGCCAGCGCACUAGCAGCUCAGGGCUCAAAGGGGCUCUGCCCACUGUUCUGCCAUGCCAAUGGGACCCCACUGGGUCUUGGGGCUCUAGCCACCAAUCCCAACCUAGCAGCUGUGUUGCACAGAGAGGCCCUGGCCUCCGGCCCGGAUCUUGCUGGAAGUGCCUUGCUGAAUCUGCUGGUCAAAGACCUGGGGCUAGAAGAGCCACCUGCUCAGCCCAUGCCCUCCCUGGAGCCUGCACUGCAGCUUCUCAUGCCACAGGGCGUCCUGUUCACUACUCCUGGCCCCUCAGCAGGCCCCAGACUCCUGAAACUGCUGGAGUCGACCCUUCACUCCAGCACACCCAGCCCUGCUUUCUGCCCAUCACACCUGCAAAUGCCUAAGACUCCAGUGAGCAGUGCCCUAGCCAGCGUGGACAGUAGUGGCUCUAUGCUCCUUCUAACCUCCUCAAUCAACAGCGUCUUUGGCUCUGGACACCUGUCCCCAAGCACUGGCGUUCUGCUCAGCAGCCUGGUAGCCAGCUCUACACCGAGUGCCUGGGCUUGCCCACUCAUUUUCCGUGGCAGCUUGGAUGACACAGAAGCCAAUAUGUUGGGGCUGGUGGCUUCAGGGGCCCCCAGAGAGGCUAAGGCCAUGACUUGCACCUUGCUCAAUCAUCUGACAGUACCCCAAAUCCAACAGCAGCCCCAGCAUCAAAGCCAACAAAGACCCACAGAGAGCCCUGGCAUUUGUGGUCAAGGGACCCUACUUCAGGUGGCAGUCCAUUCAGAACACGCCUAUGUCUCCAGUGUCCCCAAUGGCUGCAGCCCCUUUCGGGGGUAUUAACAGAGGGGCAGAGCCUGGAGGGGGCAGAGUUGUCUGGAAGCCAAGGGCCAGACAGAGAAGGCCUGGCAGCAAUGAAUGCGUAAAGAAUGUAUCUGUGAUGUGUUUGCUGCUCUACCAACCUGCCUGCCAUCCUGUUCUGGUAUCCGACUCUAGCUCUGGCACCCAGGACUGGUCCAGUCAUGUUUCCUGGUACCUGUACUGAUGGAAUUCCUGGCUUUUUUUUUUUUUUUUUAAAUCAAAUUAUGGACCCAGGGAGUGACAAACAGAGCCUGAGUGCAACGCCCUUCAGGAAAGUUCACUGCAAGGACAUUGAU